AUGGCGGUGCCACGCGAACAGUGGAAGGCGACAGACUUCGUAGUGGACGACAUGGUGUACGCCUGCAUCGACGUGCUCGUCAUGGACGCCCUACGCCACCUACAAACCUUGGAGAAAAAGAGCACGCUCAGGCUGUACACCGCGUUCAUCUACCACUACAAGAGGUGGGCGGCGAAGAUGCUGAAGCAAAUACGCGACAAGCUUCCCCAUGAGCACCGACUUAGGCACGUCGACGAGAUCGGCCACUACAUCCGCGACAACCAGAAAAGUAAAUGGGACAACGAGGUCGAUGUACGCCGGAAGUACAUCUGGCUGCACGGCCCUAGGGUCACCGAAACCCGGCUGCGCGCCUACGUGAAGUGCAUGAGCCGUGAGUGUAACCUCACUGCCGCGCCGACCGAGGAGGGGAACAAUGCCACGCGAACCGCGCCUGUGCAAUCGACAAUGGUGCACACGAUCCGCAGGCGCAUAAAGGCAUGCCAGAUGGCGGCGAGGGUGGAGGCAACGCUGUACCGGGAGAAGGAGCUGGGCAUCAUGAGGGAGAUCUCGGUGGUCAGGUCGGAGGUGCGGUUCAACGUCCGCUCUAAGAACGAGAGGUACAUCAAGAAUUGCGCCGACCGUCGACGCGGCACCAUUGGCGAUACCUACACCCCCGAACAGUUCCGCCAGAUCAUGAUGAAGGUGCUGCCGACAUGGGCGGCAGCGGCGUGGAAUCCGCGUGCAACCACUCCUUCGCAAACGCUGUGGAGAUUCCUGCUCGUCAAGGUGCUCACGCUACUCUCCCACCACUCUCUCCUGCGUGGCGCCAGCAUCCGCGAGAUCACGCUACCCGACGUCUUCUUGUACCGACUGGAGAGCACCUCAUCGGUGAACCUGGAGAACCAGCCUGUCGUCAUGGUGAUCGCCGCGCGUAACUCGAAGACUUCCAAGGAUGCCCGUCUUCAGCAGAGCUACGCGGCGCGACACCUGGAAGCAGAGUUGCGCGCCGUCGGCGAGACCGGCCUGUGGUUGCACUUCAUCCUCGACCAAAUUGGUCAGUUCUCUGGCGUCAACUUCCUUCCGCCGCUUGACACCACUGAACGCGAACGCUAG